AUGUCCUGCUACAACCCCUGCCUGCCUUGCCAGCCCUGCCGGCCCUGUGGCCCGACCCCGCUGGCCAACAGCUGCAAUGAGCCCUGUGUCAGGCAGUGCCAGGACUCCACCGUCGUCAUCCAGCCCUCCCCCGUGGUGGUGACCCUGCCCGGACCCAUCCUCAGCUCCUUCCCGCAGAACACCGCUGUUGGAAACUCCACCUCCGCUGCCGUUGGCAGCGUCCUCAGCUCUGCGGGAGUGCCCAUCUCCUCCGGGGGCUUUGGCCUCUCCGGCCUCUCUGGCUUGGGCAGCCGCUCCUGUGGCACAAGGUGCCGCCCCUGCUAA